GUGCGGCAUGCCUCCGUGCCGGCCCGAUCAGCUCGCGGCUAGCUUCCGUUCCACCUGUGCCCCACCGGCAGGAGCCAUUUUUCCAAGCUUAAAAGGGACGGCCGAGGACUUUGAAUUUUUAAAACCACGCUCCACAUCUCGCAGCUCACUCGCUCUCCGGUCGAUCGCUCUCUCGCCAGGCCGAGCCACACCGCCACUUGCUCCGAUAUUUCCUCGCCCGCUCCUCCGGUCGAUCGCCUGCACCACAAGCCGGCCGGCAGCGCGCUCGGUCUCCCAUGCGCCGCCUUUGACUACCGCAGCUCCACGAGUCCGCACCCCGCACAUGGCGUGAGAGCGUGGUCUAGCUGAUAAGUCCAAGAAGUCCAAGCUCGUGCACGUCGAGGCUUGCGUGCGUGCGGAGUUCGCGGAGGGAGAGGAAGGAAGCGACCGAUGGCCGCGCAGGAGGGCGCCGCGGGGACGGCGAACCAGGUGGCGAGGGUGCGGUACGGCGACGUCGACGACAGCAACUUCGCGCUGCGCGGCCGCGCCGUGCCGCUGCUGGCCGGCCUGCUCGCCCUCCUCGUCGCCUUCGUCGCCGUCUGCCUCUACCUCCGCUGGGCGUGCGGCCGCCGCCGCGCCCGCCGCGACGCCGACCGCGAGGCCUCGUCCUCGUCCGCCGCGGCCUCGCCCGUGCCCGGCCUCGACGCCGACGCCAUCAAUGGGCUGCCCGUCACGCUCUACAGCCCGCCCGCCUCCUCGCCGGCGCGCUCCCCUUCUCGGCAGAAGGGCGACGGUGGAGACGAGGAGCAGGCGGCGGCGGCUGUGGAGUGCUCGAUCUGCAUCAGCGCGCUGGUGCCCGGGGACAAGGUGAAGGCGCUCCCUCCCUGCGGCCACUGCUUCCACCCGGAGUGCGUCGACGCCUGGCUCCGCUCCCAGCCCAGCUGCCCGCUCUGCCGCACCCUCCUCCUCCCCGCCGCCGCCGUCGCCAAACGUGUCGACGUUGUCAACGGAGGCCACCCGCCGGUGUGACUCGUGAGCCAGAAGUCAACGUGCUCGCGCGCCAACUCAUCGAAGCAUGACAAGCAGGCCCCACCUGUAAGCCACUUACUGCUAUCUUGACGGCAAGAAAGCCUGUCCCGGUUUAACGACAGAACCAAAUGACCAAUGUGGCUAGCUAACUGGCCCCGGCGAGGUGCGCCAUCGCCGGAGGUUCGCUGGAACCAGCACAAAAAUUUGCUACCACCGGCGCUUUUGAUUUUGCUGAAACCGACGCCAAUUUAGCAAAACUGUUUCGCAAUUUGCUACCAUUGGCGUUUUGCUUUGAUGGAACUCGAUCCAUUUUUUUGUUACAACCGGGCAUUUCGCUUUUGCUAGAACAAAUGUUCAAUUUUUUGUAUUUUUGUUUCCAAUGGCGUUUUGGGUUGCUGGAACCACUUCAAUUUUUUUCUACCACCGGUGUGUCGGUUUGUUGGAACAUUGCCCGAUUUUUGCAUUUUUGCUUUUAUCGUUUUUUAUUUUUGCUGGGACCAGCCUCAAAAUUUUGCUACCACCAUAUUCCUUUUUUUGCUGGAACCGACAAUUUUUGUGCUUCAACCGAGUACUGGAGUUUUAUGUUGCUUUGGUUUUUUUGCUGGAUGUGGCCUUUUCGUUUGCUACAACCGGCUAUACGGAUGCUGGAACCUUUGGGGAAGCUGCAAUGCCGCGUGACCACUGGUGAAGGAGCUGCCACGGUGUUGCAACCAAUGGUGGCGGAGCCGCAAUCCGUCGCUGGCAGUUUUCUCAGGAAUUUAUCGAGCUGCAGCCUGUCCACAGUGGUUUUGCGACAGCUUCGUCGAAGAUUUUGCGUGGGCCAUGGCCACCACGGCACCGGUGGGACUCAUGGGAGGGAAGGGGAGAGGAAAGCUGUGACGAUGGCCAUAGUGAUUCACAGUGCACAUGCAUAACCCACAUAUCUUCACAGUACGUGUUAAUUUCGACACAAAAAAUGCUACUGAUCAUUACGGUGUUGUAGACGGCAGGCCCAAUCCUUGAAAGCAGAUUUUUUUUCUUCGAAAAUAGACAACACAUGUUAUUCCUUUUUCUACACACCUAUUUGUGAUUCCAGCUUGUAUUCCCUGGAGAUCGGCUUGUCACAUAUGAAUGCACCACUGCAACUAUACCAGCUGUGCAAUAUAUACCCCGCCUGAAAUUGAGUUGGGCUGUCAAUGGAA